CCUUGGCCUUCAGCUGGGGGGACAGGGCUGCCGAUGGGGCAGAGUUCAGUUUGGGGCACGUUGACAGGCAUCCAGGAGAAGGUGCUCAGUGGGACAGCUGGAGUUAGAGGUGGGAGUUCAGGAGGGAGGUCUGGGCUGGGAUUCGACAUGGGACUGGUGGGCACCUAGGCAUGUGGAUGACCGCUUCAGGUGUCCUCAAGAGGCAAGGGACAGUCAAGUGUUGCCUGGCUCCUAGGCAGUCCCCCCUGGUUCUUCCGCUUACAGGUCUUCCUCUUCCCAAGUUCCACACAUUCCCCACCCCUUAGCUGGGCGAGGGCCUUCUUCUUAAGGAGAAACCAGGGCCCCUCCCUCCCGCGGGAAGGACAUUGCUCUCACGUCCCCGAAACACCUCUUCCCUCCCCCUCCUCACCCUUCCCCAGGCCCUGGCCUGCCCAGGGCUGUUACCCACAGACAGGGCGAGGAAGGGGGCCUGAGCUGCCGCCCUGCUCGCCCUGAAGCACAGCGUGGGUGGGGACAGGGAAAACCUGUCACUGUCACUUUGUCUCUUGAGGGCCUGAGGUCCACGCCCCUGUUCACCGCACUGAGGCAAUCUGAGAGAAGGAAGUGGGGCAGGUUUGUGGAGAGCACCGAGCAGCGGCUUCCAGGGCCGGCUCACACGUAAAAGCUUCCUGCGAUGAGAACGGAAACACAAGUGCUGUCCCCACCUUGGCAGCCCCCAGAGCCGGGGCCCGAGGGAAGCCAUGGACAGGCCCCGGGCCCUGGGCCUGCUCUUGGCGCUGCUGACUCUCUGCAUCACGGCUGGGACCCCUGAGGUGUGGGUGCAAGUUCAGAUGGAGGCCACCGAGUCCCCGUCCUUCACCGUCCGCUGUGGAUUCCUGGGAUCUGGCUCUAUAUCCCUGGUGACUGUGAGCUACGGGGGCCCCGAAGGUGCUGGAGGGACCAUGCUGGCGGUGUUGCACCCAGAAUUCGGCACCCAGCACUGGGCCCCUGCCCGCCAGGCCCACUGGGAAACCAGAACCAGCAUCUCCCUCACCCUGGAAGGGUCUGAGGGGAGAAGCUCUAGUCCCAACACCACCUUCUGCUGCAAGUUUACUUCCUUCCCCGAGGGUUUCCAGGAGGCCUGUGGGAACCUCUCCCUCAGCACAGACCAAGGUGGGGUUCAGGAGGGGAGGGCACCCAGGGAGGACAGGGAGGGACGCAGGGACGCGGGGGUACCAGCUGUUGUCUGCUGUGUGUGUGUGUGUGUGUGUGUAUGUGAGAUGACAAACCCCAUCUCAGGUUGUUUCCUGUUUUCGAGUCCCCAGCCCUCCCAGGUGAGGUCAAAACUAAGUAAAGAAAAAUGCUUUCUCUCACCUGGGCCUUUUCUUUGGGGGGUUUAA